AGCAGACAUGGACCAGCUGAACCUGACCUCUGCUAACUUCAGCAUCUCCUCAACAGCAGGACCUCCAUUUUCAAUUUCUGGUUUGAGGACUCUUGCCCCAGUAGGACUCAUGUCCCUGUGCUUCCUUGUGGGAAUUCCUGGAAAUAUAACAGUUUUAAUCCUUAGACCAAACUGGCAGAAGCUGUCCAGACUGACCCAGUGUCUGAUGAUGAACCUGGCCAUGUCCGACCUGCUGUGCUUGGCCACUCUUCCUAUUUGGAUCUAUGCUGUACUUUAUGACUGGGCUCUGGGCGUCGCCACCUGUAAGAUUGUUGGAUUUGUGGUACACUGUAGUCUCUCGAGCAGUGUCCUGACAAUUACUGCUCUGAGCGUCCACCGCUACAUGCAGGUCGUGCAUCCACAGAGAUGUCGCCAGUUCAAGAAGAGAUUUCUUACUGUGAUGUGGAUCAUAUCAAUGGUCCUUUCCGUUCAAACUUUAAUGGCUCGUCAAAUCAUCAAAGACCAGCAUCAGAUCAGCUGUUUUAUAAAAUACAACUCUACACAACAUGUGGCUAUGUUACUCACUGAAUGCUUUUUUGGAUUCAGCUCAUUCACCAUUACUGCAUGUGCAUAUAUUUUAAUGAACAGAAAGCUAAACCAAGCAGUAUUUUUCAACAAUUCAUCUGUCUUUAAACUUGUCACCACUAUCAUAGUGGCAUUUUUUGUAUGCUCAAUGCCAUACUUGGUUUUUAAUCUUGUGAUUGCUGGGGGCAUUUUAAGCAACAACCUGAAGAUUGUUAAAUUUUAUCCAACUGGCUUAAACUUUUUUGGAGGUUUAACAUUUAUUAACAGUAGCAUAAAUCCACUUCUCUAUGCUUUUGCAGGUGGCUUAUGUCGUAAAAAUACAACCCUCCAAAGCACACCAGUUUCUGAUUUGAAAUAGAUAAUUGUGUAAUAUUUCAGUGUUCUUUUUUUAGUUACCAUUGUAAAUUUAUUUUUAAAAUGUAUUAUUUUAUCUGAGACUGUCACA